AUGUCCAAACCAUGUGAAAAGAAAGAUGAAGAUAACGAUUCAAAUCACGACGUACAAGCUCCAGAUGGAGGUAUUGGAAAGUCAUUGGCAAACAUCCCAAGUAUUAUAAUAAUAGGGAGAUGGUUUGAUAAAAGAAGAUCACUGGUUAACGGCCUUUCUACGGCUGGGUCAGGAGUAGGGACGUUUAUUUUUGCACCACUGUUGGAAUUUCUCUUGAGGAAAUACGGUUUCCAAGGAACAAUGCUGGUUAUGAGCGGUGUUAUGUUAAAUAUGUGUGUCUGUGGGUCUUUGUUUCGCUCUGUCCCCAAAAGCGAAAAGCACAAAUUUUUUAAGAAGAAUCGACAGAAAUUGUAUGUGUUUGCUAUCUUCACAAGUGGCGUUGCUAGCAUAUGUUGUGUAUUUGCCUGCGAAUAUUGGCACUUUGUGUUAUAUUCGUGUAUUUUAGGAUUAUUUGCCGGUGGCUCAUACAAUGUUUUGCCACCAGUUAUUUUAGUGGACCUUCUUGGAGUAGAGAACCUGGCCAGCUCAUGUGGUAUAGCUCUGUUAUUUCAAGGUCUUGGAUUCCUCGUUGGUCCACCUAUGGCAGGUUUUGAAGACGAUGUUUGUGGGCAUUACGAUAAGUAA